GCCGAUGCCCUUGCGUGAAUCAAAUCUCAUCCACAAUUCGGGUGUCAAUUUCAAGGGAUGCUAUCGAGGAGGUUAAACACAGAUCGACGCAGUGAAUAUGCACGACUCUAUCGGGCAGAAUAAGAAGGGCCGAGCCCUAUAAAUAUGCCAAAAGACAACCAGGUAACCUGGAUUUUCUCUGGGACCUUUGUUCAGCUUUUAUCAUUUUCAAUUCUGGCCAGCCCCAAAACGUUAGGGUUUUUCGGUAUUGCUUUCCCGUCAUGCGAAGAGAACGCUUGGUUGAGGUGGACAUUUGACAGCCCAACAGCUUCAUAGCUGCUCAUAUCGAGUAUCCACCUGGCCCAAGCAUAUCAGCGGUUUGAAUUCAAAUGUACAUAAACGACGUUGGGAUUGGUAACUUCUUCGACUGUUUUCAUUGUGGUUGCACUCCUGUCAAACUAGGUUAUUAUAGGGCUUUUGCAUGUCAAUGGGGGCGGGUCCAUCUAUUUCGCUCUUUUGUCAUGUUCACGCGCUAUCGGAACCCCCUUGGCCUCCGCAGAAGCCCCUAUUUUGGCCACACAUGGGACUUGACAGCAUGCUGAAGCUGCACAAGCACCAUAGAAGGUGUUCCCCACUUCAAGAAAAACCGACUUAGUGACAGCAGCAACAUGAUGAACUCCCAACGGAAGCUCAAGUACAAGUCCGAGCAUGGGAGGGACCGCACCCCCAAGUUGAAAGAAGAUUGGAGAAGCAAGCCGACUAGCAGCCAGGGAGGCCCUUCCCACGGUGGUCAAAACACACUUCACUCCAAGGAACGGUCGACCCCGCCCAAAAAUGCAAGUCAAGAAGCACUUCACCAAUUUCGUUGCUUUGUCCGGAAGGGUGAAUUUCUUCACCAGCAUGACAUGAGGCGAUUCGUUGUGUCAGCUCUUCAGUCAGGGCAGCCAGAAGAGGUUCUGCUUAUACUUUCGGACGAUGCAGGCAAUGGUGUAAAGCUGUUGAAGGACCUUGUAAGUCGGCCGAUGACCGUGGACGCCGGCAUUCGCUCGUUGCCAGUGUCCUUCCAACGGGUGAUUCUUCCCCUUCUUGGAUUGGUGAUCAGCUUUCCCGAUAUCUAUCAUAAAGCCUUGCGGAGCAUCUACACUUGCCUCUUCCAGGAUGAACGGGGCAACUUCAUCUACCGCAUCUUACAGUGUCUACACGAUCUGAUGCAAAGGGGCUCGAUGGCGGAUCACUACUUGGACAUUGGAAGGAUUCAAGAGCGUGAUAUACCGACCACGUAUAUUCCAGCUCAUUGGACAGAAGCCAUACUGGUUGUGAUCAGGGUCUUCAACAAAUCCCUCUGCGUGGACACAGACGCUCAGGUGAACGCCCGGUACAGGGACUGGUAUGGGAAGCUGAAGGAUCUUUGGAAUGGUUGGCAACAGAAGUCACCAUCAUCAGAUGAGUAUCACCAAGCGAAAAGCGAAAUUAAAAAAUUGCUAAAGAACAUUGGUAACAUCCUUCUGGAGCCUGAAGAGAACUUAGCUACAGCUGAACAAGGAACUUCUGACUGGUUACAUCGACAAGCAGGCAUGGGUAGCAGAGGAACACUUGCAUCUGCAGGAGAUCAGAGAUCAUCAGGUCCUGGGCCUGGUGAUUUGCGUCCAGAGGGCCCACGUCAUGACAAUGAUUUUUCAGACUUCCGGAAGAUUUGCAUUCUUCCCACAUCCGGUGAGAUUUUUGCUGAAGAUAGUCCCUAUUUACCAAAACCCGGCGUCGAGCACCAUUUGCCGGAAGGAGUGGACCGAUACUUGGAUAUUCAAUUUCGUCUACUCAGGGAAGAUGUAUUGGCGUCUGUACGGGCCGGUAUCUCAUACUUUGUCCAAAAUGGAAAUGAAGUUCUGAAGCGCCUUGGUAGUAAUGGCACUUUCUAUCGGGUGGACGGCAAGAAUUCAGUUGAUCUUGUGGUCUUCCGUCGUGCAACCAUCGAAUCUCUAGCACCAAAUAUUAGGCGAGGACUUCUCUUGAAAGUCUCUUUUGACCAACCUGCCCAUGCAAAAUCUGAUCGACUUUACUGGACCAAAGGGCCGGGUAAGAAGCACGUGCAGAAAGGGUCGCUGAUAGUGUUAUGGCUCGGCGCAAAGCAAGAUAUCAAUAAAAACAAGCCGAUUGCCCAGAGAAAAAUCUUUUUCGCCGUGGUUGCAGAGCGAAACGACGAAGAUCUGGAGGUAAAACCUCAAAAAGAACCAAAAAAACGACCGCAGAUCGGACUGCAAUUGUUGGACUUUUCUCAGCUCAUAAAUGUAGUGUCCGACCAUGUAGGUCGCCAGGAGGCACAGGAUGAGAACUUGCUACUGCAAGUACGAGGCCAUUUCUUCAAUGCAGGUGAAGCGGUUCUGAAGGCCCUUCAGUCCUUAAGUAGCUCGACAAUGCCCUUUGUGGAAACCAUUGUGUUGGGCAACUUGGAACCCAAACACCCUCGAUACUUGAAUAUAGGGACGUGCUAUGAUCUUCGGUGCUUGCUGAAAGCUGGGACGGACAAUGUUACGGGGCUCCAAAGCGUAAAUGUUGCAGAUUUUGAUUCUCUGCGACACACCCUGCACCGCUAUCAACGCUACUUGGACCUCGAUGCAACGCAAAGUGAAGCUCUGGCCGCCGCGCUGUCGCAAGAGAUCAGUCUCAUACAAGGCCCGCCCGGAUGUGGAAAAACCCACGUGGGGAUACACAUUAUAAAGGCUCUUUUGGCAAAUAUUGGAAAGUCUCGGACUAUCCCAUCGGCAGGUAGAUCCCCUCAAGCGGAGGCAUUGCACCUUCAAGCUGCCAUGCAGCGAGCGGCCGGUGUCACACCCACUCUUGGAGCGGAUGCGUACUUUGCCAAUCUACCCAUUCUUUGCAUUUGCUACACAAAUCACGCCCUGGAUCAGUUCUUAGAGGGCUUGAUGAAUGCUGGUGUGCCCGCCGACGACAUUAUUCGUGUGGGAGGACGGAGCCGAAGUGUGAAGCUAGAGCAGCGCAAUUUGGGCAAUUUAAUGUAUGGUGCAAGAACUGCACAAGAGAUCAAGAGGUCCAAAAACAUUGAGGUGGAGGCGGGAGACUUAAGCCGACAGAUCGAUCAGUUUGUUGAACGACAAGGUCUGCCACCUCACAAAUGGCGACUCGAGAAUCUCGUAACGUUGUUGGAACUGUACAGUCCCGAGCAGUUGGAAAAUCUACGGCGGGGAUCAAUGCUUGUGGACGAGGAUGGCUUUCGACGCUUUUUGGGAACCGAGGGGGAGCACACGGAUGCCUUGCAAAUAUGGGUUCGAGGCCUUGAUCUUGAGCACCGUUCGUAUGAAGUAGCGAGAAGUCAAUCGCACGAGAUUAACAGUGGCCAAUUUGACACGCAGAAUGCAUUUUCGAGUUUAAGCAUCGAAGACGACGGUGAUGAACGAAUUCUUUACCCUAAUCUUGUACCUGUGGUCAAACAUGGAGAUGAGGGAGCGGCCAUUGCUUUACCCCCAGAGCAAACUCGCGAUCUUGAGGACCUUAGAUAUGAUUCCGAUGUUUGGAAGAUGUCGCGUGCGGAGCGUAUGACGCUGUUCAACUACUGGAAAGAGGAGUAUAUGACGGUACGCAUAGGAGAGUUUAAAAGAGACUGCGAGAAGUACAGCGAACUCGUGGAAGAGUACAACGACCUGUCGUCUGCCACGCAGGGACGCAUUUUGCGUGAUGCCAAAGUCGUGGGCAUAACUACGUCUGGUGCAGCUUCCAAAAUGAAAUUGCUACGCAACUUGGCGCCUUCCAUCGUCAUGUGUGAGGAAGCCGGGGAGGUGUUUGAAUCCCAUAUCAUUGCCUCUCUUAGCCAAGGAACUCAGCAUUUGAUCAUGAUUGGUGAUCAUCAGCAGUUGAGGCCCAAGGUGGAGCAGUUUGCCCUUUCGGUCGAUGCGCGUUCGGGCUACAAUCUGGACAUGUCACUUUUUGAGAGACUGGUUCGAUUGAGCAACAAUCGGCCAAAGGGAGCUCAGCGUAACGUUCCUAUGGUGUCUUUGGCUACUCAACGACGAAUGAGACCAGAAAUUGCUGAUUUGCUGCGAAAGACCAAAUAUUAUCCUGUCCUUGAAGAUGGAGAUAAUGUGUUCAACUAUCCCGCUGUAAAAGGAAUGCGCCAAAAUCUCUGGUUCUUUGACCAUGACUAUCUUGAGGAAGGUGGAAAAGAAGGAGAAUCGAGGUCGAAGGCCAAUGAACGCGAAGCAAGCAUGGUCGUUGCGCUUGUGGGUCAUUUGAUCAAACAGGGCUAUGCGCGUGGUCAGAUUGCGGUUCUGACGCCCUAUGCUGGACAGGCUCAAAAGCUACGGGAAAAAUGUAAAGAACAGCGCGUGGCUCUGUAUGUCGACGAUCGCACUUUGGGCGACAUCCACAAAAUGUGGAACGGAGAUCCAGAAAGCGAGGAUGACGAUUCGGCUGUCGAUGGAGAUACAGCACGGGAAACAGCUCCACCUUCGGUAGAACCCUCGACUCAUAAGAAGCAAAUAGUGGAGGAAUCCCGGCGUGCAAGCUUGGUCAAGAACCUUCGCAUUGAAGAUCGCGUCAGACUGUCGACGGUUGAUAAUUUUCAAGGCGAGGAAGCUGAAAUCGUGAUCAUUUCUACUGUACGAUGCAAUCGAGCAUAUCGCACAGGAUUCUUGAAGAUUGACAAUCGUGUGAAUGUAAUGAUGUCUCGGGCCAAACACGGGAUGUUUGUUUUUGGUUCUGCAGAUACUAUCCGACGUGGCUGUCGUGGUGCACUUUUUACCCAAAUGCUUAACCUCUUCGAUGAAAACAAUCGCCUAGGUCCCUAUUUACCUCUUAAAUGCGAGCGGCACGAAAGCAAAGUUCUCAGUGCGCAUACCGUUGAAGAACUACGGCAAUUGGCGCCAGACGGCGGCUGUGAUGAGCCCUGCGGUUUUAAAUUGGAAUGCGGGCAUAUGUGUCCCCGGUCAUGCCAUCCUGACGACGAAAAUCACAAGGCUUUUCCUUGCAAAGAGCAAUGUAUGCGUCUGCUUGAAUGUGGCCAUCCCUGUCAAUCCCUGUGCUGUAACGCAUGUGGACCUUGCAAAGAGCGGCUAGAUAUUGUACUGUCUUGCGGCCACUCACUCCGGAUCAAAUGUCAUCAGGCUAGAGACCCUCCACCGUGCCCAAAAAAGGUGCAGAGAACAAUGCCCGUCUGCGGGCAUCAAGAGGAGCUGCGGUGUCAUGUGGCGGCUCGGUUGGAUGCCCGGUCUGAGUCACUACGCACUGAGACGUGCGACGUCCUAUCUGAGUCGGACUCCAUUUUCAUGUGCUCGAAACAUUGCGGAAAAGUUCUGGACUGCGGCCACACCUGCAAAUCUGCCUGCGGUAAAUGUUUGUUCGUCCAACGUAAAUCGGGAGGACACCAGGGGGCCUGCACGGAAGUGUGUGGCCGCAAACUUUUGUGCGGUCAUGAAUGUCGCGGGGUCUGUCAUGGUGCCAAAGAGUGCCCUCCUUGUCGUCAACCUUGUGGCUUCCGCUGUCAGCAUUCCAAAUGUCCCAACGAUUGUAGCACGCCGUGCUCCACGUGUUCAAUGCAGUGCCCGUGGUCCUGCAUACACAAAGGGAGAUGUCUCUUACCCUGUGGAAGUCCCUGCUGUCGAUUGCCAUGUGACGAGCGCUGUGACAAGAUUCUGUCCUGCGGUUGUCAAUGCCCAUCUGUGUGCGGAGAGCCAUGUCCAAAACCCAGCCAGGCAUGUCCAAAAUGCGCCUCGCCUCAAAGCAAAACCAGUGUGGUGGAUAUGAUUAUGUUUACACGCCUCGAAGAUUACGACUUGGAUGAAGGUCCCCUUUUGGCACUCAACUGCGGCCAUUGCUUUACCACGGAAAGCCUCGAUGGUAUUGUGGAGCUACAGAAAUACUAUCGCAGAUCGGAUGAUGGCGCUUGGCAAGAUAUUCUCCCACUACCAUCCGCUUGCCAAGCGAUUCCCUCGUGUCCUCAUUGUCGAUCACCAAUUUCAGGGAUCCGCCGCUACGCUCGCUUGUUGAACCACGCAUUUGCAGAUCAAACAACGCGCAAGUUCAAUCUGAGCAUAGAAACCCAAGUCAGAAUGCGCUUACAGGACCGGGAAACCGUCGGAAAGCGGAUUGAAGAGCUGCGAAAGAAACUCGACGUCGAUAAUGUGUCAGUAAGCACACUUCAAGAUUUGCAUCGUAAUGGAAAGACGGUUAGACGGGUCAACAAAGACGUCAAACGUUUGAUUCAUCAGGCCAGCAAAGAUCAUCCGGCCAAACUAACCUGGGAGAAAUCAUCAGCUGCCCUGAUGCGCAUUAUAUCAAGUUCUACACGGGCCGCAAAAUGUGAACAGGCUAAAAAGCAACUCCGUCUUCAUGAGGCAUAUAAAUUCAUACCUGCGGUCGACGGAGCUAUUAAAGCGCAUAUCGGUUUUUUGGCAUGGGGACAGGUCGUCAUCAAAUCCGCUGCCCUGGAAGUGAUGGCUAUCACGAAGUCACAGUCGCGUAAUCAGCGGGACAAAGCAGAUACUGUAAAAAUCAUGUUACGAAAAUCCUUUGGUGCUCUAGAGCAGAGCAUCAAAGAGGUUCGCUCGCAGUUUGAAGCUGUCGAUGAGCUUUGUAAUGUCUCGAAAAGUCGCCGGUCUGCGGGUGAUGCUCUGAAAGAGUUUUUGAUGACCUUGUAUGUAUACUUAGACGAGAUCUCAUGGCUCCGAAGAUCAUGUUCUGGGCUCCUGGACGAGAUAAAGGAAGCGCUGCGUACUCAGCAGCAGGAGAUUCUGGCAGAGUUGAAGGAGAUUGCAAGCAAGCGCAUACGUGCAUUGACUUCAGCGAAGGAGGACUCUUUGAACACCCAACAAAGGGCUGCAGAACUGGAUGCCACUCACAAAUUGCUCGUAAAUGCCGAAAAGCUCUGCAGAGAAACAUUUAUCGAAACUGUCUCGCUCAAAGAAAAACAGGACAUCUUCAACGCGAUGGGUUCGGAUGUUGGCACUGGCGUUGGAAGCUAUGGUGGGCAUUGGUUUACGUGUCCCAACGGACAUGUCUACACGAUAGGUGUGUAUAAUUUGAUAAGCGUCUAGCGGCAAAUUUUGUCAACCGAUGUAGUUACUCGUACAGGUGAGUGCGGAGGGGCAAUGGAAACGUCCAAAUGCCCAGAAUGUCACGAAAGCGUUGGAGGUCACGGCCAUUCCCGUAUCGCAAACAAUGGAAUCGCAACCGACUUUCUGAGGGAAGUUGGUGCGCACCAUUGAUACUUUGGCCUCUCGACAACGCUCUAUGUACUGCACAACUUCAAGAGCUUUGCUAUUAGUCCCUACAGGUUUCAAGAAGAUUAGCGAGUUGCUACAGUGACAAAACAUUUUAUUGCAUACCUAGUUUUCUAUUCUACAUAGGGUCAAAUGUAGUUUCGUAUAUUGUUGCACACAUUGUUGCAUACGUCGCUAAAAUAAGAUAGUUACACCAGCAA